UUUCACUCGGGCACAUCCUCACGCACGGUGGAGGAAGAUACACUUCAAUCCAGGCCGUAAUUCCUUGAGUACUGUACAAUGUCCAACGGGUUGAUAGAUAUUGCCUUGCCCGAUCAGACCGAUCGGAAAAUGCCAGGCUCAACUCGAGCCCAGGCGCCAGCCAAAACUUCCCGUUUGAUUCGAAACAACCAGAAAUGGGAUUCCCUCAAAGACCGAAUCUAUUACAUCUACAUGGCUGAAGACUGCACACUACAAGACACGAUGCUUGCUAUCGCAGAGCGGUAUGGCCUCAAAGCAAGCGAGCGGAAGUGGAAGGAAAAGUUGAAAGAGUGGAGAUUUGAAAAGAAUAUUUCGGCGACUGACAUGGAUAUUAUUGUUGCAAAGGCAGAGAAACGAGUACGCGAGGAGGGAAAGGAGACCGUUUUCUUCCACGGUCAAUCUGAGAUCACACAAGAGAGAAUUGAGCAAUUUAAGAGAAGGAAGACUACCAAGGCGGUUGACGAGGUGCUUCCAAACGUAGAAACGCCCAAGAACAUCAUAUAUCAUACGCCUCGCCCGAACUCGGCAGGAAAUUUGCCAAUUGAAUCUCUAGAACAGGGUUGCCAACCAAUAGAGGCAGCCGAACCCGUGUCUUCAGGCUGCUUGUUUCCCCAGAUGGAGGAGCCACUCACCACCACGGAAUAUGAAGGGAGAUCGGAGUCAUCGGCUGUUUUUGGGACGUGCUCGGUAGAGGAUUCGAAUGCGGACAAAACUUCCAAGGAGAUGUCGAGCCAAGCUAAUCGUUCGAUUAACACUGUUGAUCGUGGUUCCGCUCACGUACCUUAUGAGGAUGCUCUUAGCGCAAAUCAAUCUCCUUCCGAACUCGAAUCAGCAGACCAUAGUCCAUCCAGGGGCAGUGUCUGCAUCUCAGAGAUGGGCUGGGCCUCGGACAGCUCUUCUUCGGACGUUACACACCGAGACAAACAACUCGACAGUCUUUCAGCUGACCUCUUGACAAACCUUUCCCGCCAAGUAAUCACAAUACGCCGAGGAAGAGAGAUUUCUAAGGAAGUGACAAGGAUCGAUGAAAGUGUCCAGAAAAUCCCCGCAGAAAAUCCCGAAUACCGCGCCAACCCGCACCGUCACCCACAAACUGGGAAAGACGCCGAAUCGGUACAAGGAUCCGCUUGUAGUAGUCAGUCUGGCUAUUCUACUUCGCGGAAUGGUACUUCCUCCAUAUCUGAACACGACUCCCAAACCUCAGUCAGCUCAGGGAUAAGUAGGCCUGCUUCCGAAGCCGCGGUCAAGGAAGCCCUUGCGCUCCGAGCAAAAGGCAAGUCUAUUGACUCAAUCCUCUUGGAUCUAGGAUGUGGAUCCAAUGAUGUUUGCUCGAAAUUCUGUCGGAAUCUCUGGAAGUUGUGUUUUUCGUUCGAAAAGAAAAACCUUCUAGAAGAGGCUUCAAUUGCACUUGACCUCAUUCAAGUGGGCUACACUCGAUUAUUCGGCUCUCCUAGUAUAGAGACAAUGCACUGCAUGGUUUCUCAAGCUCGAAUUUUAAGAAAGCGGAAAGAAUACAAAGAUUCAGAAUCAGCUUAUCGUCAAGCAAUCAAUGGUCUCAGGAAUUUGGAAGAGACUAAAUCCCAACUCAUAUGUCAACUUUUCCUUGCCGACUUCCUUAAGAGUCUGGACAAAUUAUCCGAGGCCCUUUAUCUUCUUCUCGAAACACUCAUCGAACACUUUAAUCCUCGCACGGCAUCGAUCGAGACGAAAGUCCCAGAAGUCAUGGGUUGUAUGCAGAGGCUGCAUCUGAAGAUGGACGUUGACCAGAACAUGGUCAACGUAAUGGCCAGUGUCACUCAAUUGCAAGAACUUCAGUCAGAGUGGCCCGAGCCGUACCAUGAGUUCAACGUUUGGGUGGGAUUUGUACGUCUUGGUGGCCGCUAUUCCGAAGUAGGGAAAUUUGAUAUGGCAGAGCUAUGCUUCUCAUAUAUACGAGCAGCCGGUUAUGAAGGAACGAAUCCAUUCUUGAAAAUCGAACUAGCCCGUUUUCACAAAGAGCGUUCUUUACAUUACCGCCGACAAUCACGCGUGGUGGACAGCAUUAUACAACUGAAGAUCGCUUUCAAACAUCUCUUAUCUGUGGAGCCACCAGACAAGUACGAUCAAGCCUUGGCUAUCGAGUUGGAGCAGUUGUUGGGAGAAUUUAAGUCACAAGAAAUGCAGCCUGUUGGGAACUCCUCUCUUGAGACAGCUUGGGAGCAAAUCCGGGACACGUUUCGAAUUUUCGUUGCUCAUCGGCGAACCAAAGAGCUCAAAGAGCUCAAAGAGCGUGAGAUAAUGCAACGUGAAGAAUCCAGAAGCCCUUCGAGUGGCUCACCUAUAGUUUCCAGUAGUAGCGGGAGUUCAAGGUUCGGCGUUACGUAUUCCGGGGGCUCGGAAUCCUCUAUUGUCAGCAAUUCUGCUUUAGUAGUCUCUCCAUAAGUCGAUGUGUAC